GCGCGAACGCGGGCCGACAGCUAGGCCGGAGCUUUGCGCGGGGCGCUGCGGGCCGGACCGCCAAGGGGCGCGCGCCCGGAAGCGACCUGUGGAGAGCGGCGGAGGGGCCAUGGCCGUCGCGGCCCUGGGAGCUUCCGCUCGUGCUCUGCGCUCGCGGAGCGGGCUUUUGGGCCCUUGGCAGACACAGAUGAGAGAGACUCACCAGCGAGCUGCGUUACUGUCCUUCUGGGAGCUCAUUCCCAUGAGAGCAGAACCUCUACGAAAGAAGAAAAAGGUAGAUCCUAAAAAAGAUCAAGCAGUAAAGGACCGUUUGAAAAAAAGGAUCAGACGACUGGAGAAAGCUAGCCAGGAGCUAAUUCCCAUUGAAGAUUUUAUUACACCUGUGAAGCUCUUGGAUAAAACAAGACAGCGGCCUAAGGUGGAGCUUCCCUUUGAGGAGAGUGAGCGGAGAGCUCUGCUUCUCAAGAAGUGGUCCCUGUACAAGCAUCAAGAGCACGAGAAGGAGAGGGAUGCCAUCACUUCUAUGCUUGAGUCCCAGCAGGAAGCUCUGGAGGAGCUGAAACUCAUAUCCCCAGAGCUACAUGAAGAGGCUACCAAGCGGGACCCCAAUUUGUUCCCCUUUGAAAGAGAAGGGCCAGAUUACACACCACCAAUCUCCAGCUACCAGCCCCCUGAGGGCAGGUACCAUGACAUCACCAAGGUGUACACACAGGUGGAGUUUAAGAGGUAGAGCUGCAGGCACCUGUCUGCGGAACACAGUGCCCUUUCAAGCCAGAAUAACCAGGGCACAGGCCUGCUUGUCACAGAAUCCGGCAUGCUGUGAAUAAAUACGUUUAAUCAAGUGUC